AUGUUGCAUCCAUCCCGCGACGUUGUGGAAGAUGACAGGACGCUCAAUGGCGACGAGGCAGAGAGGGAAGCCUUCGGCCUGUCUGACCUCCGUGUUCAACUGGUAGACGUUAACCGCGCCGAAGCCACAUUCAACGAACUUUCGCGCCGGCUGAGCCAGAAGUCGGUUUCCAAGGACGCAGACUUAGAAAAGGGAAAGGCUGCGUUUGAUCUGCGGGAGUACCUGACGUCCUCGAACGAUGCCCAUCAACAAGCUGGCAUCAGGCACAAGCACGUCGGCGUCACAUGGGACGAUCUAGAGGUCAGGGUGUUUGGACAAGAAGAUAGUAAGAUUUAUGUCAAGACCUUUGGACAGGCUGUCUGGGAAUUCUUUGCGUGGCCGUUCAUAUUAAUAUGGAGUCUAAUUGCGCCUUUGCUUCCAAUGAAGGCAAACGAGCCGCCGCAGCGGCCGAUCAUUCAUAAACAAUCCGGUGUCUUGAAGCCUGGACAGAUGUGUCUUGUCCUAGGGUGCCCUGGUGCCGGCUGUACCACAUUCCUGAAGACGAUCGCAAACCAAAGGGAAGGAUACGGUAAAGUUCUUGGUGACGUCCGCUAUGCCGGGAUAGACGCGGAAGAAAUGUCCAAGCUGUACCGCGGAGAAGUCGUUUACAACGAAGAAGACGAUAUCCAUAUUGCGACCCUGACGGUGGCACAGACGAUCUCUUUCGCGCUGUCGACCAAGACGCCGGGACCUCACGGGCGGCUGCCCGGAAUGUCGAGGAAGGAGUUCCAGAAGGAGGUCCAAGAUACCCUGCUCAAAAUGCUCAACAUAUCCCACACCGCUCAGACCCUUGUCGGCAACGAGUUUGUGCGCGGGGUGUCAGGCGGCGAACGCAAACGUGUCAGUAUCGCCGAGAUGAUGGCCACCCGAGCGCGCGUCCAGUGCUGGGACAACUCCACGCGAGGUCUUGACGCGUCCACCGCCCUCGAUUUCGUCAAGUGUCUGCGCAUCAUGACCGACAUCCUCGGGCAGACGACCUUUGUCACGCUGUACCAGGCUGGAGAGGGCAUCUACGACCUGUUCGACAAGGUGAUGGUACUGGACAAGGGCAGACAGGUGUUCUUCGGGCCUCCCUCCGAGGCGCGAGCGUACUUCGAGCGCCUGGGGUAUGCGCCUCUGCCGAGACAGAGCACUCCGGAUUAUUUGACCGGAUGUACGGAUCCCAACGAGCGGCUAUAUGCACCCGGGCGCUCCGCGGCCGACGUACCGUCCACGCCAGAGGCUCUCGAAGCAGCUUUCCUAGCAUCGGAGUAUGGCAGAGACUUACGCGCGACCCUUGAAGACUACAAGAUUUACAUGGAAAAGGAGAAGCGCCACCAGGAAGAGUUCCGGGCUGCUGUGGCCGCCGAUAAAAAGAAGGGCGUGUCGAAGAAGAGCCCAUACACCGUCGGCUUCAGGGGCCAGGUUAUGGCUCUUACCAAGCGUCAGUUCCAGAUGAGACUCCAGGACAAGUUCCAGCUCGUGACGAGUUUCACACUGUCUACGAUCUUGGCUCUAGUCAUAGGUGCAGCUUACUUCGAUCUCCCGACCACUUCUGCUGGAGCGUUCACGCGGGGCAGCGUGAUGUUCGCGGCUAUGUUGACGGUCUGUCUAGACUGCUUUGGCGAGAUGCCCGUACAAAUGAUGGGCCGCCCUAUCAUGAAGAAGCAGACCGCCUACAGCUUCUACCGCCCCGCUGCCAUAGCCGUGGCCAACACUCUGAGCGACAUCCCUUUCUCCGCCAUCCGGAUUUUGAUCUACAAUAUUAUCAUCUACUUUAUGUCGAAUCUCCACCGCUCAGCCGGUGGCUUCUUCGUCUUCCAUCUGUUCAUCUACACGGCUUUCCUCGCGAUGCAGGGAUUUUUCAGGACAUUCGGCCUGAUCUGCUCGAACUUUGACAGCGCAUUCCGGAUAGCGGCGGCGUUGGUUACGAACUUGGUGCAGUAUGUCGGCUACAUGAUCCCAGUGUUCGACAUGAAGCGGUGGCUGUUCUGGAUUUACUACUGCAAUCCGAUGGCUUAUGCUUUCGCGGGAUUAAUGGAGAACGAAUUCAUGAGAAUUCAGCUCACCUGCGACGGCAAUUACAUCGCUCCCCGCAACCCGCCAGGAUCUUCCGCUUAUCCAAACGGGUUGGGUUCUAACCAAGUCUGUACACUGUACGGCUCGUCCGGCGGAGACAGUUUGAUUUCCGGACGGUCAUAUCUAGACGUCGGGUACGGGAUGGUCGUCAGUGACAUCUGGCGUCGCAAUUUCCUCGUCGUCCUCGGGUUCUUCAUCCUGUUCCAAGUGACCCAGGUCCUCGCCAUUGAGUAUUGGCCACAACCUGCGGGCGGGUCCGCCAUUAGCGUCUAUGCCAAGGAGGACAAAGAGACGAAGCGCCUCAAUGAGCGCCUGCGUCAACGGAAGGCUGAGCGUGCUCAAAAGAAAGCUGAAGACGAGAAGCUUCUCGCGGACCCUUCAAGCUCCUCCGAAGGGCAGAAAGAAAGCAACAAGGAGAUCGUGAAGCACCGGAAGACCUUCACUUGGGAGAAGCUGAAUUACCAUGUACCAGUAGCAGGUGGCUCAAGGCGAUUGCUCCACGAUGUCUAUGGAUACGUCAAGCCCGGGACUUUGACUGCCCUGAUGGGCGCGUCGGGCGCAGGGAAAACCACUUGUCUGGACGUCCUCGCCCAAAGAAAGAACAUCGGUGUCAUCACUGGAGACAUCCUUGUUGAUGGCAGGCCCUUGGAUUCCUCGUUUGCCAGGGGCACAGCGUAUGCCGAACAGCUGGAUGUCCAUGAAGGCACUGCGACUGUGCGGGAAGCGAUGAGAUUCUCUGCAUAUCUCCGGCAGCCAGCAUCAGUGCCCAGGGAAGAAAAAGAUCAAUACGUUGAGGAGAUGAUCGAACUCCUUGAACUACAGGAUCUGUCCGAGGCUCUUGUUAUGAGUCUCGGCGUCGAGGCCCGCAAGCGUCUUACUAUUGGUGUCGAGCUCGCUAGCAAGCCCGAGUUGCUGCUCUUCUUAGACGAGCCGACUUCUGGCCUUGACGGUCAGAGUGCUUGGAAUCUUGUACGUUUCUUGAGGAAACUAGCUAAUAACGGUCAAGCCAUUCUCUGCACAAUCCACCAGCCAUCUUCUUUGCUUUUCGAGAGCUUCGAUCGUUUGCUCCUUCUGCAGCGCGGAGGGGAGACUGUCUACUUCGGUGAUAUCGGUCGUGACGCAUCCGUAAUUCGGGAGUACUGGGCUCGUCAUGGUGCGGUAUGUCCGCCCAACGUGAACAUGGCGGAAUACAUGCUAGAGAGUAUCGGGGCAGGUGUUAGUCCUCGCGUCGGAGACCGUGACUGGGCCGAGCUAUGGCGUGAAUCACCGGAGUGCGCGAAGAUCAAGCAAGAAAUUGAGGAGAUCAAAAGUCAUGCUCUAUCCUUACCGCCUCCCGAGAAACAGAAGCAGACAACCUAUGCCACGCCAUUCUGGUAUCAGCUCCAGGUCGUAGUGAAGCGGAAUAGCAUCGCUCUCUGGAGAUCCGCGGAUUACCUAUGGACACGGCUUUUCGUCCAUGCUGCCAUAUCGCUAUUCAUAUCGCUCUCUUUCUUACAACUGGGUUCGAGCGUCAGGGAGCUCCAAUACCGAGUCUUUGCAAUCUUUUGGACGUCCAUCUUGCCGGCCAUAAUUAUGUCACAGCUGCAACCGGUAUAUCUUGCAAACAGACGGAUUUUCAUCAGAGAGUCUUCCAGUCGCAUAUACGGACCAGAGGUAUUCGCCAUUGCUCAACUGUUGGGUGAAGUGCCGUACUCCAUCUUAUGCGGGGUCGUGUACUGGGUCUUGAUGGUAUAUCCUAUAGGCUUUGGGCAGGGUGCGACGGGCUUGAAUGGCACCGGCUUUCAAUUACUGGUCUUGAUCUUCCUCGAGUUAUUCGGUGUAACACUUGGCCAAUUGAUAGCCGCCUUAUCGCCGAGUAUACAGGUCGCGGUUCUUGUCAAUCCGUUUAUAGUCGUCGUGCUAGGCCAGUUCAGCGGUGUCACUAUUCCCUACCCUACCCUUGCAAAGUUCUGGAAAUCAUGGCUGUACCAGCUUGAUCCUUACACUCGCGUUCUCAGUGCGAUGCUAUCCACGGAACUUCACGGGCUCAACAUUACGUGUCGCAGCGAUGAGUUUGCGAUAUUCAAUCCUCCAUCAGGAGAGACUUGUCAGAGCUGGGCGAAUACAUUUGUGCAAGGUUUCGGGGGUUACCUGGAUAAUCCUAACGAUACGUCUGCUUGCCGCUACUGCCAGUAUAGGUCCGGCGACGAGUACUUCCUGCCCUUGAAUAUAAGGUUCGACAAUAGAUGGCGAGAUGCGUUUAUUCUAUUCGCAUUCUUUGCCUUCAACUUCAUAGCCACGGUCAUGGCUGCUCGCUAUCUUCGAUAUUCCAAGCGAUAGAAUUGCUUAUGCUAUACACAGCAUGAAGAUAGAGUCAUCUAGAGUAAGCAUAGCACAAGAGACACCUUACCACCUGUAGCCAUAGUUUCCUUCAUAUUUUAAUUUGUCUAUAGUCCUAAUUGCACGUAUAUGUAGUCACGGGGUGGCUCCGUUGCUGUAACGC